CUCAAUUGAGGGUUUAAACAUAAUUGAUUCACUCUUAAUAGAUCUAAUUUUAGGUUGAAUACUUAUUGCCGGAGACGAGCAUCGUGAGCUGAGUGGAACAGUGACACUAAUACUAUCGUAGCACUGCCAUUGCGCCCAAGUGUUGUUCUUCCAUGGCGACUGCUCUGGCUGCGCUUCAAUUCGCCUUCCUAUCUCCUGCCGCUUCUAAAAAAAUUGCAUAUCCCUUUUUCAGCUCUUCUGGGCGUAGAAAUGGCGUACAAUUCGUGGGUUGUGUUAAUGCUUCCAACCCAAGAAAUGCUCAAGGUGGCUUUGACCCUGAUUUGCGUUCUGUGCUUGAGCUGGCCACGAAUUCUGAAUUGUAUGAGCUUGAGCAAAUCCUUUUCGGUCCCAGUUACUUCAGCCCAUUGAUGAAAUCGAUUACAAACAGAGGCCAGCCUGACUAUGCCAUGAUUGAAGAAGACCUUGAAGAGAGAGACGGAUUUAUUUCAUCGCUCGAGUCUCGAUUCUUGUUUCUAGCAGCCGAUGCUCGGUCGACGUUAAGGGGUUGGAGACCAUCUUAUAGAGAUGUCUUGCUUACAGUGAGAAAAAAGUUAAACGUUCUUUGCUCAACCAAGUUGUCAUCUGAAGACCUUGAAGCAGAAAUCUUUCUUCAUUUGUUACAGGAAUAUGCAAGUGAAGAAUCAGUAAGGCAGGCUAACCUUGAAGGUACUCUACAACUUGGACUUGAUCAGUGGAAGGUGCAAACUUCAGCAGCUACAGAUGGAGCAUCUGACUUGCAAUCCUUGAUACUAAGGGGUGGUAGUUUGAUAACUGUGGUUAAAAUGUUUCAAGUGUUUGCUAGGACCUUAUCUGGGAAGGUGUUCCGAGAAGCAGCCAAUUAUCAAAUUAAAAAGGAAAUCAUCAAAAAGGGUGGACAGUUAGCUGCAGCAAAUCUUGAGUCAAGAAUAGCCUUGCUUGUUGCCCAAAAGGGUCUUGCAGGUGCCGCUUCAAGGUAUCUGGGUUUGAGAAGCAUGAUGACUUUGCUCGGCCCAAUGUUAUGGGGAACAUUUCUGGCGGAUAUGGUGAUUCAGAUGAUGGGAACUGAUUAUGCUAGAAUACUACGAGCAAUUUAUGCUUUUGCACAGAAUAGGUCUACUACCAGUUCCAACUAUACCUUGGGCUCCAACAAUUGCAAGUUUCUAUGGAAUCAUAGAACCAAGUGGACAAGGAGAACUAUAAAGUAAAAGAGAGGCAGAGGCAAAGGGGCAAUAAGUAGUGGUAGCCAGGUAAGGAUUAAUGGAGGAAUGCAAAGGAGGAUUGAAGAAUUAAAAACAAAAAAGAAAUAUGAUGAAUGUAUCGACUUUGACAGGUUGGCUACAUGAUUAACCUUUGUUAUAUUGUUUUCCACUGCAAGAUUUUAACACGAAACUUCAGAAAUCUGUGGGAUUGAAAUGAAAGAACGAUAUGAUUUGAUUAUUGAUUACUUUACCUGGUAUCUGAGAAUAUUGACUGUUUAUGUCGCAGAUUCGGAUUAUGCGCACGUAUAGACUACCGUCGUCAACAAGUGACCAACAGAGUAUAUGAGCUUUUGGAAGCUGCACAUUGCAAAUCUAAUCAACAUCAAGAUUUUGUUUCGCUUCCAUCUCUGUAUAUAGCAAACCCAGUUGAAGUCAGAUGAAAUUUUUUUGUAAUUUAACUUUGGACAUUUACAUUUUUUUUUAUCAGUUUUGGAAACAUUUCGUUCUCUCAAAUGGAAAUUCAUCUGUAUUUUCCAUUUGAUUUAAACAAGAGUUAUGUGAAUAAUAGAAUGAAGGUUUAUAUUCAACAUUGCA